UGGAAGUUGCCUCUGUUUGUUGGCUCGAAGUGUGUGAAAUGGGUCUGGUCAGUCUCAGCCUGGUCAAGUGGUCAUGGCUGCGGAACGAGAGUGACCCUUAUUCGUCAUCCAUUGGCCAUCUCCUUAAAGAGAGACCACAGGACGGCAGAGGUGUGUACGAGCUGCGAGGAUAAUGCCGAGGCCAGUGGCUUCUGUGUGGAGUGUCUUGAGUGGCUGUGUAAAACCUGCAUCGAGGCCCAUCAGAGAGUCAAGUUUACAAAAGACCACACUGUGAGGCAGAAGAAGGAUGUGUCACCAGAGGCGGUCAGUGUGUCCAACCAGCGAAUGCUCUUCUGCCCCAUCCACAGGCAGGAGCAGCUCAAGCUUUUCUGUGAGACCUGCGAUCGGUUAACAUGUCGAGACUGCCAACUGCUGGAGCACAAGGAACACAGAUACCAGUUUCUAGAAGAGGCCUUUAAGAACCAGAAAGUCAUCAUUGAUACGCUGACAGCCAAACUUCAGGAGAAAAGAAACUACAUCCAGUAUGCAGCCACUCAGAUCCAGAACAGGAUUAAUGAAGUCAAUGAAAAUUGUAAGAAGGUCGAGCAGGACAUAAAAGUGGCCGUUUUCACGCUCAUGAUCGAGAUCAACAAGAAAGGGAAAGCCUUGUUGCAGCAGCUGGAGAGUGUAACCAAAGACCGUCAAGCAAAGCUCCUCCAGCAACAACUGGAGAUCUCUGGGGUAUCCAAACAAGUGGAGCAUGUCAUGAACUUUGCCAAGUGGGCUAUCUCCAACAGGAGCAGCAUCGCCUUGCUUUACAGUAAAAGACUGAUCACCUUUCAGCUGAGGUACAUCCUCCGAGCCCGAUGUGAUGCGUCUCCAGUCGCGACCAGCUCCGUUCGGUUUCACUGCGACCCAACCUUCUGGGCCAAGAAUGUCCUCAAUUUGGGUUCUUUGGUCUUGGACAAGAAUCCACCGGCUUCUAGUAGUGCCCCCAACAUGUCCACAGGCCUGACCAUGCAGUCCCAGGACAGUAACACAGCGAAGGUGCACGGCCAGAUUAACCUGGCCCAGCUUCGCCUCCAGCACAUGCAGCAACAGGUCAUGGCUCAGAGGAUUCAGCAGCGUAUGCACCAGAUGAGGCCUAUCCUGCCAGUCGCCCAGCAGCCUCGGCCUCCAGGCCCACACUUAGGCCAACAGCAGCCGCCUCUAUCUCCCAACAGCCAGUCCCUGCAGCCACCUCGCCUGAUCAGCCUGCAGAGCCUGCAGAGGAGCAAUGCCAGCGUGCCGCCUCCCCCGGCCCAGCAGAUGCGCAUGCCUCCCAACACGGUCAGGAUGACGGGGCCCCAGCAGUAUGUGGUAACCAGCCCACUAAUGAGGCAGCUGGAUGAUGCGGGAUCAGUGUUGCUGGAAAGCUUGUUGAACAGAGAGCGGAACGGCAAUAGUGUGGCAACAAAACCUUCAGCAACCAGCACCAACCCUUCCCCUGGCCCUUCCAUCCCUUCUCCUGGCCAUUCAGAGUCAGUGACUGUCACCAACGUUAAUGUCCCAGGACGUACACCCAGCACCUCCAGCACUGGUAGCAGAGGGAGUUGCACCUCAUCGAGUAGGUUAUCGAGGCCGGAGUCUCAGCAGAUGACCCCAGUUGUCCGCCUGGAAACCAUUAAAAUCAAACAGGAGGCCGUGAAUGAGGAUGACCUCUGUGAUUUCCCCAUCAUUGUUGUGAAACAAGAGCCUGGGGAGGAAGAUACAGAUCCUUGUGAGCUGACCAAUCCACAGGACAACGCCACCCCUCUCCUGCCCGGUAAGUUGGAGUCGGAUGGACAGGCGGCUGGACACCGAGAUGGUUUGGCUAAAGCAGACCCUCCAGACAGCACGGCAUCCCCCUCCUCCAAUCCCAGGGACGCCCAGGAUGGGGGGUCCCAAACCCCAGGGGCGUCUCACAAGCCUGCGCGGGUCGGGGGAGACCAUGGGAAAGAGGAUGAUCCCAACGAGGACUGGUGCGCUGUCUGUCAGAAUGGGGGCGACCUGCUGUGUUGCGAGAAGUGCCCCAAAGUGUUUCAUCUCGUCUGCCACGUGCCAGCUCUCCUCAACUUUCCAAGCGGUGAAUGGAUCUGCACAUUCUGUCGUGACCCGGUGAACCCAGAAGUGAUGUAUGACUGCGAAGACCAAUGGCAAGUGGGUGAAAAGAGGAAGGUGUGUGCAGUCCCAGAGAUGGCUCCCGUCGAUCAAAGGAAAUGUGAGAACCUGCUACUGACCAUGUACUGUGAUGAACUGAGUGUUGCUUUCCAAGAACCAGUUCCUGCCUCUGUUGUUCCUGACUACUACAAGAUUAUAAAGAAGCCAAUGGACAUGUGCACUGUGAAAAUUAAACUGCAGAAACAACACACACAGCACUAUCACACGGCUGAGGAGUUUGUGGCCGAUGUCAGGCUGAUCUUUAAGAAUUGUGAGGAAUUCAAUGAGCCGGAUUCAGAGGUGGCUCAUGCUGGUAAGACGUUGGAGCAAAUCUUUGAGUCGAAGCUGAUGGCGCUGUUUCCAGACAGGACUUUCCCAGUCCUGCCGCCCGCCAAAGUGGACGGCGAGAGCCCAAAGGUCAACAUUGACUCGGAGGAUGAUGACGAUGAUGUUGUCCAGCCUCGGAGAAAGCGUUGCAAAGGGAGAGACAGCCCCAUCUUCAUCAAAUGACUGUAAAAACAAUCUUCUCUUGUUACAUAGACUUGGUGAUGACUGUAAUAUUUGUAUCAUAGAAAUAAUAUUUAAGAAGCGAUGCUUGAAAAAUCUAGUUAGUGAUGAACACUAUUCUGUAUUAGAAGUACAAACCAGCAGGUGGUGAAUUAAAGACAUUUCUGCUACCUCA